UGAUUGGAUCUGAGCUCAGUCCAUUUCAGUUCUGAAACCACCGGUUCUUUCUUCUCUUCCUCUUCCUUUUCAAAAAUUUCACAGAACUGAGUUUUCUCAAUAAAAUUAAAAUUAUUAUAAAUAGCAAAUGGCUCCUCCAGCUGGUCCUCGAUCCGGAGAUGCAAUCUUCGCCAGUGUCGAACGCGUGAAUGCGGAGCUAUUUACGUUAACCUAUGGCGCAAUUGUGCGUCAGCUGCUUACGGAUUUAGAGGAGGUCGAGGAAGUUAAUAAACAGCUAGAUCAAAUGGGUUAUAAUAUUGGAAUUCGAUUGGUUGAUGAGUUUUUAGCGAAGUCUAAUGUCAACAGAUGCGUGGACUUCAAGGAAACAGCUGAAGUGAUCGCAAAGGUGGGUUUCAAAAUGUUCCUAGGAGUGAGUGCAUCUGUGACCAAUUGGGAUGCUGAUGGGACAUGUUGCAGUAUCGUUUUGGAGGACAAUCCCUUGGUAGAUUUUGUUGAGCUACCUGAUACAUGUCAAGGCCUUUAUUAUUGCAAUAUUUUAAGUGGAGUCAUUAGAGGGGCACUAGACAUGGUUUCAAUGAAGGCUGAAGUGACAUGGGCUCGUGACAUGCUUCGAGGUGAUGAUGCAUUUGAGUUGCAGGUGAAACUUCUAAAGCAAGUUCCAGAGGAGUACCCAUACAAAGAUGAUGAGUAAGUUCUUGAUUUGGUCUAUCAUGUGUUCUUGUAAAGUUAAUGGCGAACAAUUUUUUUCCCUAUUGCCUAAUUUUGAAAUCCCUUCUUCUCAAUAUAUUUUCCUUCAGACGUUUGAAAACAAUUGCCUUCAGAAUUGAGUAGUUUUAUAUCAUUUUCAAAAUUAGUAGAACACUUGGUAAGGUACA